AUGAAGGACAUCAAGGUUGAGCCCGCAAAGGGCAUUUCCUACUUUACUCCUGCACAAGAAACCCCAGCAGGAACAGCAGCCAACCCGCAGACCAGUGGGAAGGCAAUACCAAAACUCUUCCAGCCGAUUACUAUUCGAGGACUAACCUUCCAGAACCGUCUCGGGGUAUCCCCAAUGUGCCAGUACUCCGCCGAGGAUGGACACAUGACAGACUACCACCUCGCCCACCUCGGCGGUAUAGCCCAGCGAGGCCCAGGCCUUAUCAUGAUCGAGGCCACCGCCGUUCAACCAGAAGGUCGCAUCUCGCCGCAGGAUGUAGGGCUAUGGAAAGACUCACAAAUCGCAUCAAUAGCCCGAGUCAUCGAGUUCGCGCAUAGUCAAGGCCAGAAAAUCGGCAUUCAGCUUGCGCACGCGGGCCGUAAGGCAAGUACUACUGUGCCAUGGAUGCUGAACCAUGGCAGUAUAGCAACAGAGAACGUCGGUGGAUGGCCCGAUAACGUAAAAGGACCCAGUGAUAUACCCUUCAGCGAAACAUUCCCGCGUCCACGAGCAAUGACAAAGGAUGAUAUCCGCGAGUUCAAGGAGGCAUGGGUUGCAGCUGCGAAAAGGGCCCUUGUCGCCGGAGCAGAUUUUAUUGAAAUUCAUAAUGCGCAUGGGUAUCUGCUUGCAUCGUUUUUGACCCCUUACGCAAACAAGCGGACGGAUGAGUAUGGUGGAUCCUUUGAGAAUCGAAUGCGAUUGCCGUUAGAGAUUGCGCAGUUGACUCGCGAUACGGUGGGUGAGCAUGUACCUGUUUUUCUGCGCCUUUCGGCGUCGGAUUGGCUGGGUAGCACUUCGAUUGAAACCUGGGACCUGCAGCAUGCGGUGCGAUUUGCUGAAGCAUUGGCCGAUCAAGGGGCUAUCGAUCUGGUUGAUGUUUCUUCUGGCGGUCUACAUUCCAGUCAAGAGGUGAAAUCCGGGCCUGGGUUUCAGGCACCGUUUGGUAUUGCGGUUAAGAAGGCGGUUGGGGAAAGGAUGCUUGUUGCGACUGUUGGUCAUAUCAGAGACGGCAAGCUGGCAAAUCGGCUGCUUGAAGAAGAAGGACUGGAUGUAGUCCUUGUUGGGCGUGGGUUUCAGAAAGAUCCCGGAUUGGUUUGGACCUUUGCGCAGCAUCUUGAUGUCGAGGUUGCUAUGCCAGGCCAGAUUCGCUGGGGAUUCUCCAAACAAGGACGGAGGGGGACGCCCUUUGUCGAUCCGUCGGUCUACAAACCCUCAGUCAUAGAAUAA